AUGAGCAAUCAUCAACAAAUAACAACCACAACGACAACCAAUUUUACUUUACCACCACUCCCACCUUCAUUAAUUCCAGCCAGAUAUGAAUUUAAAAUCACUGGACAAUUUCCAUCACAAUUCAACAAUAUUCAAUCACAAUGCUAUCAUCCAUCACAACAAGUUUUAAUAUUGGGAGGAAGUAAUGGCAAUUUAUAUUUUGUUGGUGGUGAUGCUCAUUAUUAUAUUACGUUAUCGGAUGAAUAUUCAAUUGAAAAUAUUCAAAAUGAUGAACAAUUUCCGAUCAUUUAUUGUCUUUGUAAAAAUCAUCAAAAUUCAAAAUCAAUUUUAAUAUCCUAUGAUUAUUUAAAGAAGCAAAUUGUCAAUCAAGUACAUUUUAAUGAUCAUCAAAAUGUAACAAGUAUCAAAUAUUACAAAGGUUAUUUAUUAAUAACAACAAUUGAAUUUAAAAAUAAUAUUUAUUAUCCAUAUGUAAAGUACAUGUCAACAAGUAAUUUCAAAUUUAUUCAAUCAAUCUCGUUAUUACAUCCAAUUUUCAACGCUCCUAAUAUUAUACCACCUUCUAAUUUAUUAAUUAAUUGUGUUGAACCUCAUCCGACAUAUGAUCAUGUCAUUUCAGUUGGUUAUUCGAAUGGUGAAACUGUUAUUUACUAUAUUUAUCAUGUGCAGAAUACUAACAAUAAUUCAAUUUCAACAAAUCUUAAUUGUAUUGUUAUUCCUUCACAAUUUUCAGUAACCAGUUUGAAUUGGCAUGCUCCGAAUAUUAUAAUUUGUGGAUAUUCAAAUGGUUCAUUUACUUUAUACGAAAUUAAUCAUCCUCAAUUUACAUUUUCUCUCUAUUAUGAAAUGAAUAUGUUGAAGGGAUGUACAAAUUUCAUAACUUCUUACAAUCAAUUCAUCAUUUUUGGAUUAGGAUCAGAUACUACAAAUGCAGAUUCUGGAAUAUAUUAUUUGAAAAUGAAUUAUGAAGUAAGAAAUAUUGAAUUUAUUAGACAUGUAUGGUGUGAUCAGAAAAGUAUUGAAAAUAUUACAUUGUUAAAAUCAGUCUUUGAUAAUCCAAAUUCAAACUCUUUAAUGGCUAGUGUGAUUUAUGGAGAAAAUAGAAAUGUGCUUGUUUUGGAUUUAUUUGAAAAGAUGAUUUAUCCACAAAAAGAACUUCAAUUAUUCAAUUUGGAAAAGUAUUCUGUACCAACCCCAUUCUACUCUACAAAAGAUUUGAUUUGUAAUAAUAAGGAAUUUAUUGUACUGAAAACUUCUGGGAUGGAUCUCUCAAAUUUGGUAUAUAACACUGUUCUUAAUAAUUUCAAUCAAGAACAGUACAGAAGGAAUAUGCUUGAGUAUUAUUUAAGACCUGUCAAUAGAUGGAAUAUACUUGGCAUGAAAUAUACUCAAUACAGAGUCGAUAUUAAUGUCGAUAAAGAUAAUUACAUUUUGGUAAAGCUUUCAGAUCAAGCUUUAGGUAGUGCAGUCGAGCUGUAUUUGUGCAAUCCAUAUUUUAACGAUAUCAGAUAUAUUUAUACUAUUGGUAAUCAAGCAAGUUACAAAACUAUGUGCAAAUGGAGCGAUAGUGUAAUUAUUUUGGCAUCUAUGGAUGGAAAUUUAGAUUUCUUGCAUAUUCCAUCAGCAACUAUUUUUACACAUGACAUUACUGAAAAAUCUCCAACUGUAGACAACUCGACUAAUAUUUCAGAAGCUCAGGGAAACAACUUCCAAGGCAUAAUUGCACAAGUGGCCAAGUAUAACUUUAACGUUUUAAAAUAUUCUAAUGAUAAUCCAAUUAUCCAGCUAGUUCCUAUUCAAGUAAUUAAUCAACUUUUAAUUGCUUACCAAGAUGGUACUAUUAAGAUAGUAUCACUCUCUACAAGUGACAUUUCAUCUGAUCAAAUUAUUGAAAAUGAGUUUGACAAACAUUUUGGAAGUAUUAUUUUUGAACUCAAUCCAUCAGACAUGAAGAGUUCACAUCUCUUUGUAAAAUCCAUUUUACCAAAGAAAGAUGUAGUUUCACAUAUUGAAUGCUCGAUAUAUAGAGGUAAUCUCUAUGCUUUCCUUGGUUUUGCCAGUGGGAAGGUAAUGCUCAUUCAACUGUACGAUCUAGACUAUAUGACCAGAAAUUAUCACAAACUGAGCAAAUAUAUUCAUGAGGCAAGAUGGAAAGAUUUAGCUGAUCACAUAUGUCCAUUCGUUAUUUAUGAAAAUUCAGCAAACAAUUUUGGAAAAGUUAUUGAUAUUUACACUGUUAAUGACAUUUAUAAUGAAUAUAAUAUUUCUAAAAUGGUAGAUGAAAAGUAUUUACCACCAAUGUUGAGAAGUGAAUACGUACCUAAUUCAAUUAUUAACUCUCCAAAUGGACCAAUUUGUUAUACUAUUCAUAGCACUUCACUGACGAGUGUAUUUGGAACUGUGAAAAAUAAUAUGAUUGCCUUCCCAAUCAAUAGCGCAAGUCCUCUUACCAUUUUAUUUCAACUCAAGAAAACUCUUCCAAUAUCUUUUAAUUUUGUUUUGGAUAUUCUGGAUAUCAAGUUUGAAACUCUAUCAAAGAUUGAAGAAAUGGCCAACUAUAGAAUUAUUGUCAAUGGUGUUCCAUUUGAGUUUGAUAUCAACUCGAAUCAUAAACUGGUAGAUACAAGGCAAGUGGCUGUUGUUGUAACAGGUGAAGAGUAUCGUGUUUAUGUCAGAAAUGAAACCAAGUUUGAAUGUAUUGGAUCUGCACCAUCAGGUUACAAUUGUGUUCAGGAUCAGUACAUUACAAAGAUGAAUUUCAAAGUACUUUCACAUAGUAUCCAUGACAAAGAGGCCGAGUUUUAUGAAAACCAGUUCAUGAAUAGUAAGAUGUACAAUUUAUGUGAUGUGGAUUAUUUGUGUGAAUAUAUUGAUAGUGUGGAAAUUUACAAUAAUUUAUCAUUCUCAGAUCUUCAAAAUUCUAGAAUCAAACAACCAAACAUUGUUGGAUACAUUUCCAAAGCGGGAAUUCCUCCUCUUGGUCAAUCCCAUGGCUACACUCGAUCAAAAUUCAUCAUGGUUGUCAAGGAAAAGGGUAUUGAAGAAUAUGUUCUCUCAAAACCAAUGAUUAGUUUGAAAAAGUUCUCCAUUAAGGAAGGAAGAAAGUAUAAUCAUAACAAUAUAAUAUCAUCUAGCUCGUUAGAAUACGUUCGUUCUAAUAAUCAAAGUUUGAUAUUAUUGGACAAUCAAAAUAAUUUAAUGAUGUUUAGCUUGAAACCUUCAUCUUCACAAUCUAAAUCCAUAGACAAGAUUUUCACACAAAAAAUAUCAAACCUCCCAAUAUCAAGUCAACCAUUCAAAAUAUCAACCUUUGACAGUGGAAGAGACCUCCUCAUUUAUAAUAAUGACCAUGUCGUUUAUGGAACUUUGUUUGAUUCAAAAAGCCAUAAGAGUACAGAUAUUUUGGAACCUAUUAUCUACACUAUAGAUUAUAAGCCACCAACUAAAGCAAUUGGAGAAUCAAUUGUUGGAUUUUUCAAGAGCUUUACCAAGUCUACACCUUCAGAUAAGGAUGUCAAUGAAACAUUUUGGAAGAUUUGUACACAACUUCAGAGAGAAGAUCUCAAUCUUGUCAAACAAUUGGUUGUGAAUAAUAUUGUUCCUUCUCAACCUUCUAACAAUUCAGAUUUUGAUGAUAAUGAAAAGACCAUUAUUUCAUCCUUCCUCUCAAAAGAAUUGGAGCUCAAGAACAAACCAAUUGUAAAGCCACUUCCUCAACCAACUACCACAAGUAGUGCAACAAAUGCAUCAACCAGUAGUUCAAGUAACUUGAAUAAUCUCUAUACUAGAACCAAUAGAGAAUUAUUGUUCGGAGAUGAUGAGAACGAUGAUAAUAUCAAAAUUACAUCAUCCAAUUCAUCUAUGAAACGAUCUGAACUAAACAACAGAAUUGAGGAAACUAAACUUCAAAUGAGUGAGAAUUUAAGAAAACUAAAUGAAAGAGAGGAAAAAUUGAGAGAAAUUAAUGAAAAAACCAGUGAAAUGUCUGGAAUGGCCUCUUCAUUUGCAGCCAAUGCACAAAAAUUGAAUCAGAGAUCAGGAUUUUUCGGUUUUUAA